ACGUGUCAUGGACACUUGGUGGGCCCCACAGAGCUUCUGGUUACACGGGAACCUGCAACAGUUGUAGGAAAUUCGCGUCCCCUUCCCACCUUCAUCUUCCCCCUAUUCACAACGAAAAGAGAGACUACUGAAGCGAUGGUUGGAGCUGCAGCGGUCAUGGCGCCGCGGGACCACCGAAAGAAGCUAAACCUAUCCUUCCUUCUCCUCUCUCUCCUUUGCUCCGCUUCCAUUCUCAUCGUAUUCUCCGCUUUCAGAGGCUCGAACACGCCCCUCUUCCCUUACGAUUUCGACCGCGAGACCCGAAGAGAUCUCUGCAAUUACACCGACGGGAUAUGGAUCCACGAUCCGACGGUCAGGAUGCGCUACGACAACACCUGCAAGGAGAUCUUCAAAGGGUGGAACUGCAUCUCCAACAACAAGUCCAACGGUAGAGAUAUACCCUCGUGGCGCUGGCAGCCCCGAGCCUGCGAUCUCCCGCCGUUGGAUCCGGUUCGGUUCCUCGAACGAUUCAGAGAUACUAACAUUGGAUUUGUUGGCGACUCUUUAAACAGGAACAUGUUUGUGUCUCUUGUGUGCACUCUGAAACGAGCAUCGAGUGAAGUAAAAAAGUGGCGUCCUGCUGGGGCAGAUCGUGGGUUUACCUUUCUCCCUUACAACCUUACUGUUGCUUACCAUCGAACUAAUCUUUUGGCACGUUACGGUAGCUGGUCUGCCAAUAGCAAUGGUGGUGUGCUGGAAUCCCUUGGGUACAAACAAGGUUUUCGAGUGGAUGUUGAUGUUCCAGAAGGCACAUGGGUGGAUGCUCCAAGCUUCCAUGAUAUUCUCAUUUUGAAUAGUGGACACUGGUGGUGGGCACCUUCAAAGUUUGACCCAAUUCAGUCUCCAAUGCUGUUUUUUGAAAAAGGUUUGCCUGUGCUGCCUCCCUUACCCCCUGAGCUUGGGCUAGAUAUGGCUCUAAAACAUAUGAUAAUGUAUGUUGAAAGAAAGGCAAGACCUGGUGCUCUAAAAUUCUUCCGUACACAAUCCCCAAGACAUUUUGAAGGAGGUGAUUGGAACGAAGGUGGUUCAUGUCAGCGUACACAACCAUUGUUUCCAGAGCAGGUAGAACAGCUUUUCUCGUUGUUGAACAAUGGGACGAACAUGGAGACACGCCUGGUGAAUCAGCACCUGUACAAAGCCCUCCAAGGUUCGAGUUUCUGCAUUUUGGACAUCACGCACCUGAGCGAAUUCAGGGCGGAUGCCCACCCGUCGACUGCGGGUGGGAAGAAACAUGAUGAUUGCAUGCAUUGGUGCCUGCCUGGAAUUACGGAUUCUUGGAAUGACUUACUUGUAGCAAAUCUAAACAACAUGUACAAUCAGAUUUAAUAGUAAAUUGUAGUGUGAUGCCAAGCUGCUGGUACGUUGGUUUUUCAA